AUGGCCGGAGGAGGUUUUGUUGCCAAUGGACCUGCGGCUGCCAGUGGCUUUAACGGCAAGAUAACGCUAUCAGUGGUGAUCACAUGCUUCGUUGCUGCAUCAAGUGGUCUCAUUUUCGGCUAUGAUAUAGGAAUUUCAGGAGGAGUAACAACAAUGGCACCAUUUCUCAAGAAAUUCUUCCCUGAGGUAUUCAGAAAGGCAUCAGAGGCAAAAACAAACAUGUAUUGUCAAUUUGAUAGCCAAGUUUUAACAGCAUUCACAUCAUCACUUUACAUAGCAGGGUUAGCUUCUUCCCUUGUAGCUAGCCGCCUCACGGCAGCAGUGGGCCGCAAAAACACCAUGGUGCUCGGUGGCUGCACUUUCCUUGCCGGUGCUGCCAUCAAUGGCGGCGCUGCCAAUAUUGCCAUGCUCCUACUAGGCCGUAUCUCGCUUGGUUUGGGGGUUGGUUUCACUACCCAGGCAACUCCUGUUUACUUAUCAGAGGUAGCGCCUCCAAAAUGGCGUGGUGCAUUCAGCACGGGGCUCCAAUUUUUUAUCGGCACCGGGGUAGUAGCAGCCAAUUGCAUAAAUUUUGGCAUGGCGAAGCAUAGCUGGGGCUGGCGUUUCUCCCUUGGCCUUGCCGUAGUACCUGCUGCUAUAAUGACAACAGGUACACUCUUCAUCUCAGAUACGCCGAGUAGCCUAGUGGAGCGUGGCAAGGUUGAACAAGCUCGACAAUCUCUGAUUAAAGUCCGAGGAAUCAACAGUAACGUGGAUGCUGAACUAGCUGAUCUUAUUAAGUUCAAUGAAAUGGCCAAAGAUGCUGAUAAGAAACCUUUUCUGGCCAUAUUUGAGAAGCAGUAUAGGCCUCACCUUGUUAUGUCAAUUGCUAUCCCUUUUUUCCAACAACUGACCGGGAUUAACAUAAUUGCAUUCUACGCCCCAGUUAUUUUUCAAUCAAUUGGCUUUGGAAGCGAUUCAGCAUUAAUUGCAGCUAUUGUGCUAGGAUUAGUUAAUCUUGGUUCAAUCCUUGUGUCAACUGGUAUGGUUGAUAGGCAUGGUCGAAGAUUUUUGUUCCUAAUUGGAGGGAUUCAAAUGUUCAUCUGCCAGAUUGCGGUGACAAUAGUCUUGGUUGUCACUACCGGCGUUUCAGGCACGAAGCAGAUCUCCAAGGGCUGCGGCAUAUUAUUACUUGUUUUAAUGUGCAUCUAUGCUGCUGGUUUUGGCUGGUCUUGGGGUCCCCUAAGCUGGCUUGUGCCGAGUGAAAUAUUCCCUAUGAAAAUUCGACCCACAGGCCAAAGCAUAAAUGUUGCUGUGAAUUUUGCUACAACGUUUGUGCUGUCACAAACCUUUUUGACCAUGUUAUGCCACUUCAAAUUUGGCACAUUCCUAUUCUAUGCUGGUUGGAUUGCAGUGAUGACAACUUUUGUCAUGCUUUUCUUGCCGGAGACAAAAGGAAUUCCUUUAGACUCGAUGUAUGCAGUGUGGGAAGGGCACUGGUAUUGGGGUCGGUUUGUUCGAGGCAGUUGUAGCGAAAUCUUGGCCUAA